AUUGUUAUUUCAGAGUAAUUAUCAUAGAAUAAUCUGUGCUCACAAGUUAUAAAGAGAAAAAAAAAAUUGAAGAAGAAAAAACCCGAGGAAGAAAAAACAAGAAUGGCGACAGGGAAAUCAGAUGCAGAAAUAGAAGAAAUGCUUGAUCGAAUGUUAACUCGAUUGGCGCUUUGUGAUGAACCUCAGCUCCAAAACUUGCUCUCCAAGUUACUUCCUCUUACUAUCUCCUCACUUUCUCGUCCCUCUUCCCUCGUCAGAACCAAGGUAAUGGAAAUUCUAAGCCAUGUCAACAAGAGAGUGAAACACCAGCAACAGAUAGGUUUGCCUUUGGAAGAAUUAUGGCAGUUAUAUAUGGAAGAUAAUUGCGCUCCGAUGGUUAGAAACUUUUGCAUUGUGUAUGUCGAGAUGGCAUUCGACCGUGUCAGCAAAGAGAUGAAAGAAAAUAUUGCGCCGACUAUGAUAGCUAACAUCUCAAAGCUUCCUGCUCAACACCAAGAUAUAAUUUUGAGAAUAGUCAUAAAGGUAAUUGGCGAUUGCCACUCAAGUAAAAUUAGUGAUGAGAUUGCUGCAAAGUAUCGACUAAUAAGUGGAGCUCAAGACAGGGAGAUAUUUGUUGAGUUUUGUCUACAUACGCUUCUGUAUCAACCUCCAUCUGCUAGUGGGGGAUCACCACCUGGGCUCUCGGUCUCUCAAAGCAACCGUGUGAUAGGGAAGACUCCACUCAGUCAUGAAAUGCUUCUAAUUAGAAAGUUAGGUCUGUUGAAUGUUUUAGAUGCCAUGGAGCUACCAGCUGAACUUGUAUACCCUCUCUAUGUUGCUGCAUGUAUAGACAGACAUGAGCCUGUUAUCAAGAGAGGCGAGGAACUAUUGAAGAAGAAAACUUCUGGAGUACAGCUGGAUGAUCCCAAACUGAUAAAUAGGCUGUUUUUACUAUUCAAUGGGACAGUUGGAGCUGAACAUAUUGCUGUAGAUUCGAGAGUCAGUCCUGGAAAUCCUGCUUUAAGAGUGAGGCUGAUGUCAGUAUUUUGCCGCUCAGUCACAGCAGCCAACAGUUUUCCUUCAACAUUGCAGUGCAUAUUUGGCUGCAUAUAUGGAAAUGGUACCACAUCAAGGUUGAAGCAAUUAGGAAUGGAGUUCACUGUAUGGGUUUUUAAACAUGCAGAAAUGGAUCAACUCAAACUGAUGGGACCUGUUAUACUUACCGGCGUUCUUAAGUCCCUGGAUGGUUAUACAGGUUCAGAAUCAGAUACAAUUGCACGGGAGACCAAAACCUUUGCUUUCCAAGCAAUUGGGUUGCUAGCGAAGCGCUUGCCUCAACUUUUCAGAGAUAAAAUUGACAUGGCUGUUCGGCUUUUCAAUGCUCUGAAGUUAGAGUCUCCAUCAAUUCGCUUAAUCGUUCAAGAAGCAACAAACUCACUUGCUGUUGCAUAUAAGGAUGCACCAAUAACAGUCUUAAAUGAUUUAGAGUUGCUUCUGCUGGAAAAUUCUCAAGUGGAACAAGGUGAAGUUCGCUUUUGUGCACUGAGAUGGGCGACAACUUUAUUCGAUUCACAGCAUUGCCCAAGUCGAUUUAUCUGUAUGCUUGCUGCCGCAGACACUAAACUGGAUAUAAGGGAAAUGGCACUGGAAGGUCUGUUCCUUGGUAAAGAUCAAGGAAGGUCCACUAAUGGAAACAAAAAUGUCAAGCACCCUACACUGGCAGACAUGCUGAAUUACAUUGUUAAACAACAGCCUCAAUUGCUAGAAUCCAGCGAAAUUAGGGAAGAGCGGCUUCUUUUCCCAUCUCAGACAUAUGUUGCUGCAAUCAGAUUUUUGUUACAGUGCUUUGAGGCAGAUGCGGAACAUAAUACUGUAACCGAAAAAACUCCCGAAUUUUGGUCUUCGCUAGGGAAUAUGUGCUUACUGUUAGAGCAUGCAAUGGCCUAUGAAGGCUCUGUUGAGUUGCAUGCUACUGCCUCUAAGGCUUUGAUCAAAAUUGGAUCUCACUUUCCAGAGAUGUUAGCUUCUCGCUAUGCUGUUAAAAUACCAUGGUUAAAGCAAUUACUAGCCCAUGUGGACCUAGACACACGAGAAUGUGCAGCUCGUUUACUUGGAAUUGCAUCUAGUGGACUUCCUUUGUCUGCUGCUUCUGAUCUUAUUCAUGAACUGAUUUCAUCCAUCACAGGAUUAGUAAAGUCAAGGUUUGAAACUCAGCAUGGAUUGAUAUGUGCUCUUGGGUAUGUCACUGCAAACUGUUUGUUGAGAACUCCUACUAUCACAGAUUCCAUGUUUCAGAACACUCUGAAAUGUCUAGUUGAUGUAGUCAAUUCAGAAACUGCUACAUUAGCUUCUGUUGCAAUGCAAGGGUUAGGUCAUCUUGGGCUUUCCGCCCCAUUACCAAAGUUGGCUGAUGACUCCCGCACAGAUGAUGUGUUGACAUUUUUGCGUGAAAAGUUAAGCAAGAUUCUUUCUGGUGAUGAUACCAAAGCAGUCCAAAGAACUGUUCUGUCUUUGGGGCAUAUGUGUGUGAAGGAAUCAUCUUCUUCUAUCAUCGGUGAUGCGCUCGACUUAAUCUUUAGUCUUGGUCGGUCUAAGGUUGAGGAUAUCCUUUUUGCGGCCGGAGAAGCUCUUUCAUUUUUAUGGGGUGGAGUGCCAGUGACUACCGAUAUGAUCUUGAAGACCGACUACAGUUCGCUCUCUAUGACUUCAAAUUUUCUGAUGGCAGAUAUAUCCUCAUCUGUGUCAACAUCAAGUUCUAUGGGCCUUGAAGGAAAUGAAGAGAGCCAUAUAACUGCUAGAGAUAUGAUUACAAAGAAGCUCUUUGAUGGUCUAUUGUACAGUACCAAAAAGGAAGAGCGCUGUAGUGGGACUGUCUGGUUAGUAUCACUGACAAUGUAUUGUGGUCUACAUCCAUCAAUUCAGCAGCUACUUCCAGAUAUUCAGGAAGCAUUUUCACACCUAAUUGGUGAGCAGAAUGAACUCACACAAGAACUGGCAUCUCAAGGCCUAAGUAUUGUUUAUGAACUUGGUGAUGAAUCAAUGAAGAAGAACUUGGUUAAUGCACUAGUUGGCACACUGACUGGUUCAGGAAAGAGAAAAAGAGCAGUGAAGCUUGUUGAUGACACUGAAGUAUUUCAAGAGGGCUCCAUUGGGGGAACUCUUAGUGGAGGAAAACUUGGUACUUACAAGGAGCUAUGCAAUCUGGCAAAUGAGAUGGGACAACCAGACUUGAUAUAUAAAUUCAUGGACUUGGCCAAUCAUCAAGCUUCUUUGAAUUCCAAGAGAGGUGCAGCUUUUGGAUUUUCAAAAAUUGCCAAACUAGCAGGAGAUGCACUACAACCGCAUCUUCGUCAAUUGGUUCCAAGGCUUGUACGCUACCAGUAUGAUCCUGACAAAAAUGUGCAGGAUGCGAUGGGACAUAUUUGGAAAUCACUUGUUGCAGACUCGAAGAAAACUAUUGAUGAGUUUUUGGAUCUUAUCAUUGAAGAUCUGUUGGUACAAUGUGGAUCCAGGCUUUGGCGCUCCCGUGAGGCUUCCUGUCUUGCUCUUGCAGAUUUAAUUCAAGGACGUAAAUUUGAUCAGAUUGGCAAGCAUCUAAAGAACAUAUGGACAGUUGCAUUUCGUGCUAUGGAUGACAUAAAGGAAACUGUUCGAACUUCCGGGGAAAGACUAUGCCGUGCUGUUACUACAUUAACAUUGAGGCUAUGUGACAUCUCUCUCACAGAAAUUUCUGAUGCAAGAAAAGCAAUGGAUAUUGUUUUGCCUUUGUUGCUGACUGAUGGAAUAAUGAGUAAAGUAGAUGAUAUUCGCAAAGCAUCAAUCACAAUCGUUACAAAGCUUGCAAAGGGUGCAGGCAUUGCGAUUCGUCCUCAUUUAUCUGAAUUGGUUGUUUGCAUGCUUGAGAGUUUAUCAAGCCUUGAGGACCAAGGACUGAAUUAUGUCGAGAGGCAUGCAGAAAAUGCUGGGAUACAAAAAGAGAAGCUUGAAAACUUACGAAUUUCAAUUGCCAAGGGCUCUCCGUUGUGGGAAACACUUGACUUGUGUGUAGAGGUUGUUGAUGACCAAUCGUUAGAGCAGUUGAUGCCUCGUCUUUCUCAGUUGGCUCGAUCUGGUGUUGGUCUGAAUACUAGGGUUGGUGUUGCAAGCUUUAUAAGCCUGUUGGUUCAAAAGGUUGGUGACAGUAUUAAACCAUUCACGAGCCUGUUACUGAGGCUCCUGUUUCAAGUGGUGAAGGAGGAGAGAAGUGCAGCAUCGAAGCGUGCCUUUGCAAAUUCUUGUGCUUUUGUUCUCAAAUAUGCAGCUCCCUCCCAAGUUCAUAAACUUAUUGAAGAAACUGCCACUUUGCAUGCUGGUGAUAGAAAUUCACAGAUCGCAUGCGCGUUUCUAUUAAAAAGUUUUGCAUCUACGGCUUCUGAUAUCUUGACAGGAUAUUAUGCGACAGUUGUUCCAGUUAUAUUUCUUUCAAGGUUUGAGGACGACAAGAAUGUCUCCAGUCUAUAUGAGGAAUUAUGGGAAGAAAAUAUGACCAGUGAACGUCUCACCCUUCAGUUGUAUAUUGGUGAAAUUGUUACUCUUAUAACUGAGGGGAUUGCAUCAUCAUCUUGGGGUAGUAAAAGGAAGGCAGCAAAAGCAAUUGUAAAGCUUUGUGAAGUCUUGGGGGAAUCUGUUUCUUCGUAUCAUCGAGUGUUGCUCACAUCUGUUAUGACUGAAGUUCCUGGUCGUAUUUGGGAGGGAAAGGAGGAUCUCUUGGAAGGUCUGUCUUCUCUUUGUACUUCCUGUCAUACAGCUAUUACCGCUGCUGAUUCAUCCUUGGAGAGUGCAAUCUUGAGUGUUGUAACUUCAGCAUGCAGUAAGAAAGUCAAGAAGUUUCGUGAUGCAGCCUUCCGAUGUCUAGAGAAGGUUUUAAAAGCUUUCAAAAAUCCAGACUUCUUUGGUGUGGUGUUCCCAUUAUUGUUUGAAAUGUGCAAUGCAGCCUUCAACUCCACAUCGAAACAAGUGUCUUCACUAAAUAAUGCUGAUAAAGCAGAGGCAGAGACAGAAAAUCCAGCAAUUCCACAUGACAAAAUUAUUGAUUGCAUUACGUCAUGUGUCCUUCUUGCCCGUUUAACUGACAUUCUCAAAUGGCAAAAGGACUUGGUGUAUGUAUAUUCAAAUUCCCUAGCACCUGCUAUUCCUUGGAUUGUUAAAGUUUCAGUUUUCACGUCACUUAAAGAACUAUGUUCAAGGAUUGAUGAAGGAUUGAAAGACAUGGAUAAAUCUAACGAACAUGUUGAUAUAUCAGCAUUAAUUAUAGAGUUGUUUUGUUCUGUGUCACCGAAGGUGAUCGAUUGUAUUUCCAUAGUCAAGAUUGCCCAGGUUCACAUUGCAGCUUCAGAGUGUCUUCUGGAACUCACCAAGUUAUACAGCGAUCUUCCUGAAAUUCCCAUAUCAGAAAUACCGUUUAAGAGUGAGCUUGUUCAUCAGUGGGAGAUUGAAAAGAACGAGCAGGCCAAGUCAUUAAUGAAGAACUGCAUAGACAUUAUUGACAGUGUAGAACAAAGAAGUAUGUAAAGCACCCUCUGUGCAACGAUAGGUUAUCAUGUAGCCAAAUUCGUGGCGAUUUUUAUCUUUUCACAGUUUGUACAUUAAUGUUGGCUUAUAUCUCAUUGAAGCCUCUGCUGUCUAUGCAGUUCAUUCUGUUAGCUCUGAUUUUUUGUUAAACAAUAGACCAAAGUUGCUAUAAA